AUGCCGUCUCCAAGUAAGAUCAACGGCCAGGAGGGGCAGCGCAGGCUUCCCACUAUGGCGACAGGCUUCCAGCCAGACAUCGGUGGAGGUCUGCAGGUUGGCCUUUUCCUUGGGGCCCUUGUCCUGGCUGAGGGGUGGCUGCAAGCGAACAGCACCGGCUGCUUGGAAGAAGCUACACGCUGUGAUGCCGGCAGCUUCAUUGAUGAUGAUGGUAGCUGCCGCAUUUGUCAGCGCGGGUACUACACCCCGCAGGCGAACAUGAGGAAGUGCAUGGAAUGUGAUCCAGGGCGAUUUACAGAUCAGGCUGGUACCUCAAAAUGUACUUCCUGUCCAGCAGGGCGCCAUGCCAACAGCGCGGCAAGGACGCAGUGCGAUGACUGCCCUGCAGGAACCUUUGCUUCACGGCCACAGAUGGUAGAAUGCAUUGCCUGCGAGCCUGGACGCUACACCCCAAAGGCCAGCAACUGGACGGAGUGCAAAGACUGCAAGCCUGGGCAACUGGCCAAGAAAGCUGGUCUUUCGCAGUGCGAUACCUGCUCCCCCGGUCGUGCUAACCCAGACUCAGCAUCCAGUAGAUGCGAGGAGUGUCCACCCGGCCGGUACGCUGACAAGAGAGGAGAGCAUCUUUGCCUUCAGUGCCCAGUAGGAACGAUGCAGGACGCGCCGGGGAAGGACUACUGCAAGGACUGCUUGACCUGGUACUGGCCCUUUGCUCCAAGACCGGACAGAUCCAACUGCGAGACAGCAGUCCCUGCCCUGGCUGCCAUCAUUGUUGUCUUCUUGAGCAUGAUCGGCCUGUUCGAAAUGCUUUCCAAAGUCUUAAGACACAAGAUCAUCCUGCAAGAUGUCAAGCUGGAGGUGUCGCAGAAUAAGGGGCGCCUAAUCAUCACCACCCAUGGCCCGCACCUCCUUUUGUGCAGAGGCAUUUCUCUGCGGCCCUCUGCAGGAUCUACCGCAGUUGAUGGCGUGGGCCCACCUUCGGGCACCAACACAUCCUUCCACAUCGAGAGCUCCCACGUGAAGCUGAAGCGCUCGCGGCAGAUCCCUGUUACCAUCUUCGGGAGUGGCCACCCUCACCUGGACAAAGACAACCGGCCGGAGGGCUGGGCUUUUCCGACUGCGGCUGCUGCCACAGCAUCCAUGAUUCUCAACCUUACAGAAAAGGUAAGGCCCAGCUACCCUGCCCAGAAGCCGGAGACACCUCAGUUUCGGGUGCAGGCGGUGACUAGUCAGCACCUGCUCCUGCUCGGCAGCGAUGGCCAACCUGAAACACGCGCCCUCGAAACCUCUCAAGGCUGUUUGGUCGUCACAUUCCCAUUCACCCUUUGGGGUGUUUGUCCGCUGGGAGUGCCUUUAAUCAUCCACAUCUUGCUGCUGCUGGCCUUGUCGACAGUGCCGGCCGGCCUCUUCCUGCGGGACUUUUUAAGGAUGUAUGGCUUCGUCGUUGGCUUGAGUUUGCUCACCUACUUGGCCUUGAUGGUUCUCUACGGCCGCAGGACUCCUACGCCUUUGCAGCUGAAGCUGAAACGGCACAAGCUCGACCUGGAGCAUGGGAACCCCUUGCCUCAGGAAUCUUGUCGCGGUCCAUCUCGUGCGGUGAGAGGCGGCCAACUGUGGUGUUUGUAUGACACCUUCGAGCCCUUCAUCCGCAGCCGAACGAUGUACUACGUUGUCGCCAACAUCAUCAAGCCUUUAACAAAAGAGGCCCAACUCUCCUAUGCUGAGAUGGCAGGUCCCUUUGACACUCAGUGGUUUGUGUCCCAUUUUUGGGGAACGUCCUUCUCACACUUUGUCCACACCAUCUGUAAGCAAGCGGAAUCUGCCUGCAUCCAGCAUGGCUGCGCAUGGCAGGACAUCACCUACUGGAUCUGCAGCCUCAGCAACAACCAGUGGAAGAUUAAAGAAGAGCUAGGCACCUCCUGGGAGUCCUCCUCCUUCUACCUGGCGCUCACGAGUCCGGGCUGCUGCGGAACGGCCAUGGUUGUGGACAGCCAGGCUAUGCCUCUAACCCGCGCCUGGUGCCUCUUCGAGGUGCUGCAGACCAGGCUCAAGGAGAACGAGGCGGACGACUUUCACGGCUUAUGGCUAUGUACAUCCUCAGGCGUUCUCCAUGAAGGGAGAGCCGGGGUGGAUGUGGCCAUGCGCAUCGCCGAGCGCCUCGCGACGCUGCGUCUUGAGGAUGCCACUGCGUCGGUUCAAGAGGACAAAGACAUGAUAGAUGAGCUGGUGGCCCAAAUGCCAGGCGGUUUCCCUGCCAUGAAUCAGUUCAUCCGGGAGAAGAUCUAUAAUGCCCUCCUGGCGAUGCGAUCAUCAUUUUCAGCGGAUUUUAAUACACUUCUGCAGUCGUUGCAUGGAAACCAGAGUCAAACUCUAUUGCGGUCCUUGCAUAGUCAUGGAAGUGAGAGCCCACAUGCUCAGUUGGAUAUAGCAGCCCAGAAGUAG